CGGUGGCGCCAAGGCCAGGCCCGGCCGCCAUGGAGGCCGUGCUGGAGCAGGUGGGGCAGCUGCCCGCGCUCCUGGCCGUCUCCCGCUCCGCGCUGGUGCGGGACUGGGACUCCCUGACCCUGGACAGGGCUCUAGAGUGGGCUCGGUAUUUCCAGCACCUCCACGACCGCUUUCGUACUCGGCCUCGGCUCCGGGAGGCCCUAGGACGGCGGCUGCGGCGGGGUCAGCCGAGCCCACUGCUGGGCUUCCCCCACCUGGGCCGCUGCCCGCAGCUGCUGGGCCUAGCACUGCUGGAGAACCGUGCUCUGCCGCACGCCGCCUGCCGCCGCCUGCUCCGCAGCCUGCUACAGCCUUCUGGGGAGGAGGCCGGCCCCGAGCCCCACAGCUUAGCACUCCUCGCCCGCCGGAAGGCCGCCUCCCGCCUGCUGGCGCUGCCCUGCGGCCCGCCGCGGCCCCCGGAGGGGCUGGAGCCGCAGGUGCAAGCGGAGGCGCAGCUGCUGCUGAGCCGGCUGCGGGAGGAGGGGGAGGAGGCUGAGCCGGUUGGAGAGGCUGCGGGGCGGCUGACCUGGCUGUCGGGUGUCCUGGAGCAGCUCCCCCAGCCUCGGGCCUUCGAGGUGGUGGCGGCGGUGCUGCUGCUGGUGAGGCAGGGGAGUGGCGCUGAGCAGGCCGAAGACAGGGGUCAGGAUGGGAACAGCCUGAGCGGAAGCCAGGCGAGUGCAACAGGAGACGAAUAUGCUGCCGGGCCCCUGCUUACCUGGCUGCUGGGGAACCUAGGGCGAUUUUCGGCCUUUUGUCUUUUCCUCCCAGGCUCCCUUCUUGCCUCCCUAGCUGGUCGCCAUUCCCAGUUCAGCAGGCCUUAUUUGGACCUCUUAACCGUCUGGGGAAGCCACUUGCUCUAUGACCCCUUGAAGGGACAGUGGGUUAAAAGUUGUCUUGACAAGGCUGAAUUGUCCUGGGAGGAGCUGAGGGAGCGCUUCACCUGCCUCUGUCAGGGAUCUGCGUUGCUCAGGGGACAGACCCAAGCUGCUCUGAAACUCCUGAAGGCACAGGAUGGAGACUUUAAAGUCCGUGGCCUAAGUGUGUGGACUGACUUACUGAUGGAAGUAGAGGAAUAUCUGAGGAAAGCAGCAGAGCGCUAAUGCAUGAACACAAAAGCAAUAUGAAAACUUCUGAAAUCCAGCAAAUCUGCUUAACUAUUUGAUAUGAAAGGCAAGCAAACCAUAUCUCGCUUUGAGUUGAAAACCAAGCAUUGUUGUGACUGCUGAUCACACUGUUUCUGACUGCGUGUGAAGUCUUUCGGGGGGGCCUGGUGCUUUCUUGUAAUUGUGCUACUAAUUCUGGUCACUGCAGGAAAUGUCUUCCUUUUCAGUACUUGCUGUUCACCUAAUAAAAUGAAGUAAAUUCUUUCUGUUUCAAAUAUAGAACAGUUUUCUGUUUAGAAAAUAAUACAGUUCAGAUAUGGUCAUGGUAGUUUUGUCUCUAACUGUUGGAGGCUGACCAAAAGCUCAAAGGGAAGGUGGAAUUUCCAACGUGAAAAUCCCAAAUUCAGGGUUGAUUUAGUAGUGUCUGUCUUCAUUGGGUUGUCUGCUCCGGUGGCCGCUUUCAUGCUUCUGUAGCUCAUGCAUAUGACGCAGCCCUUGGGUCUAAGUGAAAGUGAGAGAAAGCCAACUGGAAAGCUUUUUGAAAAGUU